AUGUUAGAAUCAUCAAUGAAAUUAUAUCAUCAAUUAUAUUUAUAUGAAUAUCAAACUUCAAUUAUACCAACUCGUUCAAAAUCAUGUUUUCAAUUAUUUUAUUUAUUAUUUAGUCUUAAUAUAAUUUUUUUUCUUAUUAUUUAUCAUCGUCUUAUACUUAUAACACCUUCAUCUAUUAGAACAUUAAUUUCAUAUAAAACAAUUGAAACAAAUGAACAAUUAUCAUCUAUUUGUUAUAUACCACGUUUUGAUCCAUGGGAUCAAACAAUUGCAAAAUCUAUACAUAUCGAACCAAAAUAUCAUUGUCCAACAAAUAAACAAAAUUUAAUAAAUGUUAUUAAUUAUACGCAAUUAUUUAUAAAUCAAACAAUCAAUCGAACAGAUUAUUUAAAUUCAAUAACACAUUGUGUUUAUUUAAAAAUUGAUAGAAAUCCCGAUGAAAAAUAUUUUCGUGAUUGGUCUUAUACAUUAUCUCAACCAAUAUUAAUUAUUAAUGGAAGUACAAAACCAAUUUUAGAUGUUGAUUUUGUUCUAACACGUUGUUAUAAUAAUCGAACAGGAUUUUUUAAUGGAGAUAAUUUUUGUGGUUGUAAUUGUUUAAAUGAUAGUAACAUAAAUCAAACUGAUAAACAAUUAUUAUCUAUAAUUAUAAAUAAUAGUCUUGUCUAUGAAUAUGUACAUCCAUUAAUUCGUUUAAAAAAACCAGCAUUUUCUUCUAAAAUAUGGUUAGAAAAAAAUUCUUCUAAUAAUUUUUCAACAAAUAAUUCUCCACCAUCUGUAAUUAUGAUUAUACUUGAUGCUGUUAGUAAUCUUCAAGCACAACGUGCAUUACCACGAACAUUAUCUUAUUUAAAAUCUCUUGGUUUAUAUAUAUUUGAACGUCAUGCUAUUGUUGGUGAUGGUACAUUUGAUAAUAUUGUUCCAAUGUUAUUUGGUCAAUCAUCAAUUGAUUUACAAAAUCCAAAUAUAAAUGAUAGUCGAUAUGAAUUUCCAAUAACAGAAAUUGAAAUUGAUCCAAAAACAAAAAAAUCUAUUGAAAUUAAAAAAAUAAUUCAUUAUCCAGGACCAUAUGAUAAUUAUUCAUUUAUAAUAAAAAAUUUUUCAAAAUUAAAUUAUACAACAUUUUUUAGUGAAGAAUGGCGUGAAAGUGCUUUUUAUAAUUUAAAAAAUGGUUUUUAUCAAUCACCAACUGAUUUUUAUUUACGUCCAUAUUGGUUAUCAUUAUAUGAAACAUUAUCAUAUAAUAAAUUUUCAGGUAAUUCAAAUCCAAAACCAUGUUAUUUAGAUAAAUUAUUACAUUUUUUAUCAUUAAAUUGGCUUAAACAAUUUUUAAAUGUUUAUCAUCAAACAAUAAAUUAUCCAACAUUUGGUAUAUUAAAAAUAAAUGAAAUGAGUCAUGAUUAUUUAGAAAGACUUUUUUGGAUUGAUAAUGAUUUAGAAAAAUUUUUUCAAAAUUUAUAUCAAAAACAUUUAUUAAAUAAUACAAUAUUUAUAUUUUGUGGUGAUCAUGGUCAUAGACAACAUCGUUUAAGAUUAACACGUAUUGGAAGUUUUGAAGUUAAAUUACCAUUUUUUUCAAUAUUAUUACCUCAAUUAUUUAAAGAAAAAUUUCCAAAAGCUAUAAAAAAUAUUGAAAAAAAUCAACAGAUGCUUACAUCAUGGUGGGAUGUUUAUGAAACGUUUGCUAAUAUAUUAAAAAUGGUUGAAGAACCACAUAUAUUCGAUCCUCUUCUUGUCAAUUGGCAUUCAACAACAUCAGGUAUAUCUCUAUUUCAUCCUAUUCCUGAACGAAAUUGUUCAUCAGCUGGUAUUCCAGAAAAAUAUUGUCCAUGUUCACAUACAAAAACACUUGAUAUAACAUUACCACUUAUUCGAGAAUUAACAAUAGUUAGUAUUAAUUAUAUAAAUAAUAUUAAAUUAAAAAAUCAUAAACAUCUAUGUAUAAAACUUAAACUUAAAAGAAUAAUUCGUGCUGAAGUUGAAGAAUUAUAUAAAAUAAAAAAAAUUAAUAAUUAUACUCGUUUAUAUACAAUUCUUUUUGAAGUAUUACCAUCAAAUGGAAUAUUUGAAAGUAAUCUACUUUAUAAUAAUAUAACAAAACAUAUACAAUUACAUAGUGAAAUUCUUCGAAUUAAUCUUUAUGGUCAAACAUCAACAUGUAUAAAAGAUAAAUAUGAAUUACGUUCUUUUUGUUAUUGUUUUUCUUAUCAUAAAUAA